UAGGAACACAACUACAACAGAAGUGGAACCAGCCGGUGGUCAGCGGCGUUCUCUCUGUCGUCGCGCGCGCCGGAUACCUCGAGCCGAUACCUCGUUGCACGUACAACACCUGCCGCACGAUUAGGCACGCACGAUUCGUUUAUCCGUAACCCGUUUUGGCGACCUUUUUUAAGACUGCGAGUUUCGCUACGCUCCCCCGAACUACCCCCUGACUCGAAAAUUGAGGCGAGAUCAUCAAAGCGGUAGCUGUCAAAAUCAUGCACGGAAAAACGAUUGACAAUAAUAACAAUCACCCUGACAGUACAUUGCUCGGUGAGUGAAUAUGCAUAUGAGAGAAUGAGGCUCAUUCGUCCGAGGCGGAAGAACAUCCCCAGGAUCGUUGGAAGCAGACAGUUUCGUCAUGAUGCUGGUUCCACAAGAUAUCAUGGGUGGCCCAUCGAAGAUGCUGUAUCAGAUGAACAAGUAUUACGUCGAGCGGGUGCAGGCGCGCAUGGGCCAGAUACAGAAGACUAUACGAGAGGUGUGUAAGGUCGUGCAGGAUGUGCUGAAGGAAGUCGAAGUGCAAGAACCGCGCUUCAUCUCUUCUCUGACCGAGUGCAACGGCCGCUACGAGGGCCUCGAGGUGAUCUCGCCGGGCGAAUUCGAGGUGGUCCUCUAUUUGAAUCAGAUGGGUGUCUUCAACUUCGUCGACGAUGGUACCCUGCCGGGCUGCGCCGUGUUGAAACUCAGCGACGGACGCAAAAGGUCAAUGUCCCUCUGGGUGGAGUUCAUCACCGCAUCCGGUUACCUGUCAGCUAGAAAGAUACGCUCGCGAUUUCAAACUCUGGUAGCCCAGGCCUGCGACAAGUGCAACUACAGAGACUCGGUAAAGAUGAUUGCCGACACUACCGAGGUGAAGCUGCGUAUACGCGAGCGGUAUGUCGUGCAAAUUACACCGGCGUUUAAAUGUUCCAACGUGUGGCCGCGAUCUGCCGCUCACUGGCCGAUACCGCACAUCCCUUGGCCGCAUCCGAAUCUAGUGGCAGAGGUCAAAACGGAAGGCUUCGACUUGUUAUCGAAGGAGAGCGUCGCGCUUCAAGGCAAGCAAUCGGCGAUGGAGGGCGACGCCUGGGUAUUAUCCUUCACAGAAGCGGAAACCAGACUAUUACAGGGCGGCUGUCGCCGAAAAUGUCUCAGUAUACUAAAAACUCUGAGAGACCGACACCUCGAUCUGCCCGGAAAUCCGGUCACUAGCUAUCACAUGAAGACACUGCUGUUGCACGAAUGCGAGAAGCAUCCCCUCGAGACCGAAUGGGACGAGGGAUGCCUGGCCGAUCGCAUCAAUGGCAUUUUCUUGCAGUUGAUUUCCUGCCUGCAAUGUCGACGAUGUCCGCAUUACUUCCUGCCGAAUCUCGAUCUUUUCAAGGGAAAAUCGCCUAGCGGUCUAGAGAAUGCUGCGAAGCAAGUUUGGAGACUUACGAGAGAGUUGCUCACAAACAGCCGCGCGCUAGAGAAACUUUAGCGUUUUCCAUCUCGAGAACAUCCGAAAACGCGCGAUGAAGAACAAGAAAUCACUCGAUGACACGUGUAACAGAACGUUGUUUCAACCGUAUAUUACGUGUUUAUUCGAUACUAUCACGAACAAUUAGUUAUUAAUUAAUACACGCUUGUGUCGAGGGCUUAGAAAUGGUGCAUUGUUACAAAUAAUUCUUAAUUUGUCAGCUUAAUAUAUUAAUAUUUUUGUUUGCAUUUUUUUA